AUGGCUGCUAACAAUAUGGACGAAGAUGACGACGAAUACACGUUCAAAGGUAUGUCGAUUUAAAAAGGAUAGUUGAUUAACUGUUACGGUAAUCUGUUCUUUGUCCUGUCAAAUCAGUACUACAAAAGGUUAUGGCUAAUUUGAAUAUGAAAAGGAUGCAAUUUUUUUUGGGACACACUGUAGAAAAAAUGUAAGGGUACUUUAGUGAACCAAAAAAUAAAAUUAUUUUCCACCGUCAUCUUCAAAACAAAUUCUAAAUAUAUAGACAAAGUCUCAAAAGUAUUGUUUCACCUCCACCCUUUCAUGUUUCGACAUCCUAGGAAGUAUAUAAAUCCCUGUAUUUUCACAGUUGCAUGGCAGCAAUGACCUGACGAUUCCUAUCGGGCUGACACAAGCUGUAGCUAAAACGAAAUCACAUAUAGGAAUAACAUAGGAAUAGGCACCGUGAUUUCUUAAGCCUAUAAUUUAUAAGCAUUUUCCAUCUUACCACAAGUACAAGUGAGCUAUAGCUCCAUGUUGAGUCUAUCAUCUCUAUAAGCACAAUGCUCACGCAUAUAAUUAUACACCGCCAAAAACACGCAAAUUGCAACAAGUCUGAUAACAAGUUGUAACAAGGCUGUUGUCAAGCCACGACCAGGAUGCGUUCGCAUUGCUUGUUCCCAGCUGUCGUGACUGAGUCUGGAACAAGUUGGUAUCAACUUGUAACAAGGUUGAUAAAGUCAACAGACUUGCAACAACUUGUUCCAACAACACUCAUACAGGCUGUUCGUAACAAGUUGCUAUGUGAUUGUUGUUAUCAACUUGUUAACAACUUGUUACGAACAGCCUGCAAGUCCGUUGACUUUAUCAACCUUGUUACAAGAUGAUAACAACUUGUUCCAGACUUGUCAACAACUGGGAAUAAGGCAAUAAGCCGAGCGAACACAUCCAGAUAUCGGCUUGACAACAACUUACAAGUGACCUGUGAGAGCUGGCUGGCUGUGUAGGAACAACCCUCCCCAGAAUAAGAUAACUGCAUGAUAAUUGCAAUUGUGACAGCAAGAGUAUACAUUCAAAUUCUCCUUACGUAAGCUAAGCAUGACAACGAUACAGCGGUAAGGCAACAGUCACAAGCAGCAUUAAGCACUACGUAGGCAUGAUAGCAUGCAAGUUGCUUUUAGCAACCACAUUUAAAACUAAUGAGUGGUACGCUAACCAUACUAAAUAUUUUCGACAUAGAAGACUCUAACGAAACCGUACUUUCGAAAUACAUUUGGAAAUUGAAAGAGAACAACAAGGGUUUUAAAAUCAAUCAGUAAAUUCUAAAUCACACUAUUUCGUACACAGGAGGAUGAAAAAAGGUAUAAUUUAUGUUUGGAAGAAAAAAUUGGAUUUUGAAAGAAAAAUAUAACGACAAUUUCCUCAAUAAAUGAAUAAAAUUAUUUCACGUUUUAGUCAUCAAAACUCCGUAUUAGCAAAGCAAUCAACAGCACUAAUGGAUGUAUUGCUUACCCCUAUACUCCCACGUUUCGAUCGGCAGGAAGCAUACAUAUGUAAAAAGCGUUCUAAAUUAGUCACCACCUAAAAAUACAUAUACGAAUGAAACAGGCUGAGCUAGCACCUGUCAGUGAUUAGGCCUUACAAAUAACUUAAAUAAUAAAAGAAAAUAUAAUACAUCCAAUGUAGGGAUAGAAGCAUACACAGGAUAAUUAACGACAUUUUAAAUGAAAUAAAAAGACAGAUUCGUCACCACCUAAAGAUACAUAUAUGGAUGAAACAGGCUGAGAUAGCACCCAUCGGGACAGUGCAUAAAUGCUAACAGUUAAAUAGAGCUAAAUUAAUAGUUGUUUUCUUUUUCAUAACGUAGUAGAAAUUAUCAAUUGUUACAUAAAAGAGAAUCAAUAAAGGUGGUUUAUUAAUAUUUUUCUUUAAUCCCAAGAUGAGGAUGAUGACGACGAGUACGUGUUUAAAGGUAGGCUAUGCUGAUUUAAACCGGACAACUCAUUUACUGUUGACUGAAAACUGAUAGAUAUAUAUAUACAUAUGAUAGAUAUAUAUACUGAUAGAUAUUAUAUAUAUAUAUAGAUAUAUUAUCGUGCAUCUUCACAUUAAGAUGUAUUACUAUGAUUGUUUCAGGCUAUAUGUGUUAACUUGGGACUUUCACAUCUUAAAAGUUCCAAACUUAAAUUGGAACAUGCAUCGUGUGUAUUUAUAAAGUAAUAGCAGUUAAUAACGCAAUGUCGCAAGUGUGGCGACAUAUUCCAAGUCCAGUAGGAAAUUUGAAGUUAUUCUCUCAGCACCAUCAUUAUCAUUAUGAAUCAGAAUUUUCAUACCUUAAUUAUUAUAUGAUGUGUUAGAUGGAAGUGAUGUUGAGGGUCCGAAUACGAAAGAAGGAGGUAAGACUUUUUAAUGUUCUUUAUUACAAUGUUCUUUAUCAAAUCACCAUAUUGGUCGAAAAGCACAAACAGAAUAUUUAUUUUUGUUGCAAAGACCAUUCCAAAGUGAAUCAGAUAGGCAAAAUACUGUUUCACACCAUCAGAAACUUUAGCCAGGGGAAUGGGGGGAAGUCCUAAGAAAUUUGAGAAAUGAUCCAAUAGUCGGUAAAGUUAAACAUUUGACUUAAUUGUUGCCUUAGUCGGUCUAUAGUGUUUGGUAUAAAUACCUUUAAUAUGUGUCAGGGCAUUUUGAGCAAUUUUGACUCCCCUUAGUGUGAUCAAAACUGAAAAAGAAUGGUUGUAAAUACAAAACAAAGCAAUAAAAAAUACAAACUGACACAGCCUCUUCUGUUUUCGAAGAAACAUAAAAUGGUAACACAAUUACUGAAUGGCAUGCACACGAAAAUAACCAAAGGGCUGUGAAUAUGGUGGCUUUGUCGCUUUAAGAGUUAACUCUUUUAUUCUGAAAAAAAAGUAACGCUAAACUGAACCAAAAAUAAAGAAUCAAAACAUAAAAAUUACCAAACUCUAAAAAUGCUAUUUGCGAUGAUUUAGAGAUUCCAUAUUUUUAAAAUGUCUGAAGGAAAAUCUCAUGCACGGAUGCUUUUUUUACAAAAGUUGGCAACUAUGGAUGUACCAAUUUAAUUUGAAAAGAGUCUCAAAAAUUUAUAACCGCCUCCCCCCGCCCCCCCAAAAUUGGAAUGUGCGCUUCUGAACUUAAUUAUCGUUAGUUAUAAAAUAUCGUGUUUAAAUUAAAGUUUAUUUUUAGUGAUUACGCCUAAUCCUUAAAUAAUAAAACCUAAAUAAUAAAAGAAAAUAUAAUACAUCCAAUGUAGGGACAAAAGCAUACACUGCAGGAUAAUUAGCCGGCAAUAUUUUAAAUGAAAUAAAAAGACAAGGUUUUGAGAUGAGCUUUAUUUAAUCAUAUUUACACAUUCUAUAUAAUCGUCCUCUUUUCUUUCUCCUAGUGUACAUAAUUGGAGCCAGUGAAGUUGGCGGGAAAAGAGUUUAUGACAAGAAAAACAGUUGUUUCUUUUGUGGCAAGGAAUAUGCCAAGCUUGCUCGACACUUCGAGCAAGCCCACAAGAACGAGGAGGUGGUAAAAAAAUCCUUGCCACAAAAGAAAAAAACUCCCGCCAUCUUCUCCAAGAACGGCUGA